AGGAAACCUGGGGCUGCUUUUCUUCAGUGGCAUUUAAGUUGGAGUUUAUUGAGGCAGCAGCCGUGGAAAAUGAAGAUCUCCUCUGUGGUGUUUGCUCUCCUGACUCAAGCACUUUUUGGAGAUUUGUGUUUGGCUAUCAACGUCACCAUCACCCCAUCCCCCUUCACAGUGGCCCAGGAGGGUGAAAACAUCACUCUCACCUGUGUCGUGUCCCAGCGGCGCCGAAAUGCCGCUUUACCUGUCGUGAAAUGGACCUUCCUACCAGCGGGCACACAGCGGUCGGAGGACGAACUCUUAAUUGCCCGCGUCAACAUGAGGAAGGCCCGAUUCUACAGCAACUACACCAAAAGCUUCCCAUGGCCCAAACUGAAGCUGACAGUGGUGAAGCAGGGGAAAAUCUUUGACCUGCUGAUCUUGAACGUCUCCGAGGGGGACCAGGGGCUCUACAUGUGCCGGGUGCAGGAGUUUAAAAAGCACCAGGACCGCUGGAAGGCCUCGUCCAACUGCACGGCUGCUACUGAUCUUAGAGUGCAUGUCCUACCGGCAACCAAGGCCAAAGAAAGCCUGUGGAGCUUAUUUGAAGAUGUGUACCUGUGUGCGGUGCUGAUCUGCUCAGUGGGCCUGCUGUGCAUGUGCAUGUUCACAGUGACGGUGACCUGCCAGUACAUACAGAGGAAGCAGAGGUUAAAAGAUAACUAUCAUCUGGUCAAAAGCCCACAAAACAGCUCUGGAGAGACAGUGACCAGUGUCGUCAGUUUGUCUCCUGCUCUGCCUGAAAAGUCGAGGAGGUACAGGAAGAAAAGGAGAAGAGACCAUCAGGAGGACUUACCACCUGAGAUACCAGCCAAAGCUCCCAUUGGAGACAAAAGGAAACCCAAACUUUUAAAACCACAGCCAAGGAAAUUAGUGUUGCCAAAGAUAGUGGAGGAGAAUCUGACCUACGCAGAGUUGGAUCUGGUGAGGCCGAUUCCAGAAACCAAGGCGUCAUGUGGCGGCUGCGUGUACGCUCAGAUACUGUUUGGGGAGCAGGAGCUAUGAAUCAAACACACACACACACACCACUAGUAACUGUGCCUCAUGUAAAAAGUAUCGUCUAUUUAUAGUCUGUAUUUUGUUCUGAAAUGGUUUGUGAAGGUUAAAAUGUGCAAGAAUGUACAAAAUUGUACAUAUGAUUUUAUACGAACUUUGAUAUAGUUUUCUUUUAUGAGACCAAGAUGCAGAAGAGAAAUAUUUUGUAUGCUGAUAUUUUUCUUUUGCACGCGUGUUUGAAUCCUGUGUAGCUCAAGCUGGGAACACAAUAGAAGACUACCAUGCUGAAUGAGUCUAUCAUCACAAUUAGAAUGGAGACUGGAGGCUAGUCAGAGACUCGAUCCCGAUCAUGGCAGACAUGCGUCAGGCAAUAUUUGCAACGUGAUAUCUGCAGUUUAAAUUCCUGUGGUGUUUGAACAUCGAGUUUACUCUUGGGUCGGGUGAUAAGGGUGUUAAUACCACGCUUAUGUCUGUGCUUUACGUAUGGAGCUAGGGUCAGGAGGUCAGGAGCUUAGCUUUGCAUACACAGGGGAAGCAGGGGAACACAACCAGUCAGCCUGUAGCUAAAACUCAACAAGGCUAGUAUAGGUUAUGUGCUUAUAGUUUUUCCCUGCUUCUCGCACUUUCCUAAGCUAAGCUAAUUUAGCUUCAUACUUGAUACAUAAGAGAGGCAUCGAUCUUCUCAUCUAAACUAUGACCCAAACCAUCAAACUGUUCCUUUAAAAUAACAAAUGCUGGUAUUAUAAUAUCUAAAAUACAUGAAGGCUCUAUGAUGGCAACAGACUGUCAGGAGGAGGCGGAAUUCAUGACCUAUACUGCAGCCCGCCACCAUGUGCCAAUCAAGACGUUUUGGCUUCACUUUUGGGGAGCAGUCAUGUCAUCCAUCUUUAUAGAAACAGCCUAUCGUUGCACUUCAUGUAGUGACAUAGUUACAUCCUGGUCACUAUGAGUAAGAAGAUCAAGGGACAAAAUAAAUUAGAGACCUCCAUUGUUAUGAAUGUGAACUAGUGCAUUUUCAAAUGUGAUUUACUUCUAGUGUGUUCCCAGCAUUAUCUGUCUCACAACAUCUGUAUUCAUUCUGUUUUUGUGGGUCAGGCGGCAGUUUAUAAUGACCACGACUCCACAGAGUUGAUAUUAAAGUAGCGAUUAGCCCCCGACCUCUGCCUCACAGGCAAGUUUAUGUGAGACCCUUUCAUCUGGUGCCAAAAUCAACUUAACUGGCUGUUAGCGACAAAUGUAUGUUUACACACAUGCAAGGGUGGAGUUGCAUGCAGGAAAAACACCCUUGUAGACUAACACAAAAAGAUGCAUACUGUAAAUCCAAAUAAACAGUUGUGACUGGUAACAGGGACAGAACUGAGACCUGUGUUUGGACUAUUUCACAUUAAUGUAAGUCACAUAUAAGUUGAUUUCGUUUAGAUAAGAGCCAGAGGCCACAUUGGCUGUAAUCGCACAUACCUUCGCUACAGUCUACUUGCUUUCUCACUUUCCGUGUUAAAGUGCAAAGGAGUCUUUUUCCAUUUAAUGAUCCUCUGGAUUCAUGCAUGGAAGAAGCAAUGGAAAGUGAACUUGAAACCCAGACACAAAGGCACCGGAUCCCAGCUUCCCCAAAGACUUCCACUAUCUUAUAAGAAGUUAUCUGUGCAGAUGGAGAUGAAGUAGCACUUUCUUUGGAAUGCUUGAAGUCUCAGAACUCCAACUCUUUUUUCCUGUUUUCAAACCAGCUAAUUAUCUGGUAACUACUAGGAUGCAGUCACUCCUCUGUCAAACUCUCAAGAACACUUGGUAGCCAUGUUAGCCUAAACGAAAUUAUAAAUAAAAAUCAAACGCUAUAAUAAAUUUAACCCAAAUAUUAGACCAAUCAUAUUGAAAUAUGCAAAUUCUGAUGUUUACACUCAAAAGUCUUAAGCGUGAAGCACGAAAGUUGAUGGAGCAUUCUGACACAGAUAGGCAGACCUACCAACCAAUCGACCAUUUAACCGGGACAACAGCCCCAAUGUGCUUGGACUUUUCUUUUUUCUUCUACCUUUAUAUUAUGUUACAAUGCAAACCACUGCUGACCCCUGCAUUUUUGGAUUUUUCAUUGUCCUCUUCUGUUCAGUUGCACAGUGUUUAUUAUCCCUGUAUAAAAUGACUGAAACUGACCUUUCAGUGGUGGGUAGAAGCGUCUUAAAAAUGCCCUCAAACUGUGAAAUGUAAAGUUUCUUCCAGACCACAUUGUCCUUAAUGGGAGUUCGCUAACUAGAACCAUGUGUAUGAAUGGUGCCUCUCCGCUCUCCCUCUCUCUGUUCCCCUCUUCCUCUCUGCCCACCACUGACCUCUGAAUUCAUCAACAUUCCAGCGUUUUGGCUCUUGUCCAUUUUGUACAUGUUUGUGUUUGUAUCAGCAAAUUAAAGAAAUAUGAAAGUUGA